CCACUGAGAGAGGCCAGGGAUCGAACCCAUAUCCUCAUGGAUGCUAGUCUGGUUCUUAACCCACCAAGCCACAGGGAACUGCUAUACAUUUAUAAAUAUAAAUGAACACUUGAAGGAUACAAGAUAGCUAAUGUGAACAGUAAACUAAAAGAAAAUAUCAUAUAAUUCCCUUGUAAUCCUAGGGCAGAGACAAUUUUCAUUUAACCCCCCCCCGAAAAAACCCAAACACCGUAAAAUUAAAAAAUGGUAGAUCUGACUACCUCAAAAUCAAGAAUUUUGAUGAAAGAACUUUAUAGUUAAAAUUAACAAGUGAUAAAUUGGGAGUAGAUAUUCACAAUGUUAAAAAAAUAUUUAGAAAUUCCCCUAAAUCAUAAGAAAAACAUGAGAAAUCCAAUUUAAAAUCACAACGGAUAUAAACAGACAAUUCAUAGAAUGAAAAAAACCAAAAAAACCCCAAAAACUCUACAGCUAUUACAUCCAUGAAGAUGAGGUCACCCCCUCCAACCCUCUCCGUUUUAUUUUAUUUUGUUUUUCAUCCAUGCACCUUUUAAAUUAAUGCUCCCAGUACCACUGUAGGCGAAUGGGCUAUCUCCCAGAGACAACAGUAACAUGACAAAUUCGGAGACAUCCAGAAGCCAGGAAUAGAAGCGAACAGAAACUAUAGAUGAAAAAGCAACAAUGUGAUACAACCUUACCUAUACAUAGGAUGGGCAAAUACUAGCAGGUUGCAAAAUGUCAAAUUUGAGUGGUAAGGGGAGGGAGAAGAGAAAAGUCUGGGCCACAGCCCUCCCACCCCCUCCAGUCCACGCGCCCCCGCGCCCGCGCCCCCGCCCCGGAGCCUGGCGGGCUGCGUGCCUCCCCCCACCCACGCGUGAGGCUCCAGCCCAGGAGCCAGAGAGCCACCGCUUCCAAGUCCUACGUUGCAGCUUUGCCAUCUGGAUGCCAACGAAAAAAUACCCUCGUUGAGACUUUGCUGCCUUUGAAGACACUGUGGGCUCACUGGGAACAUGAGUGGACGGGCCCGCGUGAGGGCUCGAGGCUUGGCCCGCAGCCUCGGUGCCACGGACGUGGGGCGCAUCCCGGCCUCGGCGGCGUCGCCUCCCUCUGUUGCUCUUAGUGACAGUGAAGCAUCUUCUAGCACUGACCCCGUGGGAACAAGCAGGAUUUCACAGAAAUAUGCAGGUGGUAUAUCUUCUGGAGAUGCUGGUUGUACCUUCAAGGAGAGAGGUGGGAAAAUCAGAGGAGACAUCAUGGAUUUGGCUGUUUGUACUCGAGAGACAUUGGCCCACGUGAGAGACUGCAAAACAGGUUCCAGUGGAAUACCUGUGAAGCUGGUCACAAAUCUCUUUAAUUUAGACUUGCCUCCGGACUGGCAGCUGUACCAGUAUCACGUGACUUACAGUCCCGAUAUAGAAUCUAGGAGGCUGCGAAUUGCUCUGCUUUAUAGUCACAGGGAACUUUCCAGCAAGGCAAAAGCAUUCGAUGGUGUCAUCCUUUUUCUCUCGCAAAAGCUAGAAGCAAAGGUCACAGAGUUGUCCACUGAAACUCAAAGAGGCGAGACUGUGACAAUGACUAUCGUGCUGACGAGGGAGCUGCCGGCAAGUUCUCCCGUGUGCAUCCAGGUCUUCAGUAUCAUCUUCAAGAAGAUCUUAAAAAAGUUGUCCAUGUACCAAAUUGGACGGAACUUCUAUAAGCCUUCUGAGCCGGUGGAAAUUCCCCAGCACAAAUACAAUAACAAGACCUAUCGCAUCGAUGACAUCGACUGGUCCGUGAAGCCCACACACACAUUCCAGAAGCGGGAUGGCACUGAGACCACCUACGUGGAUUACUACAAGCAGCAAUAUGACAUUACGUUAUCUGACCUAAACCAGCCAGUGCUUGUUAGUCGGUUGAAAAGCAAGAGAAAUGAUGACACUGAGGCUCGGAUGAUCCACCUGAUUCCUGAGCUCUGCUUUCUAACAGGGCUUCCCGGCCAGGCAACCUCUGAUUUUCAGCUGAUGAAGGCUGUGGCCCAGGAAACGCGUCUCAGUCCUCUGGGAAGGCAGCAGCGUGUGGCCAGGCUCGCAGAUGACAUCCAGAGAAACAAGGAUGCUCGUUUUGAGCUCGAGACCUGGGGGCUGCACUUCGGAUGCCAGAUGUCUCUGACUGGCCGGGUCGUGCCUUCAGAAAAAAUCCUCAUGCAAGACCAUAUAUGUCAACCUGUGUCUGCAGCUGACUGGUCCAAGGAUAUGCGAGCUUGCAAGAUUUUAAGUGCACAGUCUUUGAAUAAAUGGCUGAUUAUAUUUAGUAACAGAGCUGAAAGUGUGACGGAGAGCUUUCUGAACUGCUUGAGAAGAGUUGGAAGUCCCAUGGGAUUUAAGGUGGAUCACCCCAAAAUCAUAAAAGUACAAGAAAAUCCAGCUGCGUUUCUUCACGCCAUACAGAAGCAUGUGGAUCCUGAGGUUCAGUUGGUGAUGUGUAUUCUGCCUUCUAAUCAGAAGAGCUAUUAUGAUGCCAUUAAAAAGUACCUGAACUCCGACUGCCCGGUCCCCAGCCAGUGCGUGCUUGCCCAGACACUCAGCAAACAAGGAAUGAUAAUGAGCAUUGCCACCAAGAUUGCCCUGCAGAUGGCCUGUAAACUCGGCGGCGAGCUGUGGGCUCUGGAGAUCCCUUUGAAGGCCCUGAUGGUGGUUGGGAUUGCCGUCUGUAAAGAUGCGUUCAGCCAGGGAACGGUGGUGGUGGGAUUUGUGGCCAGCACCAACCCCAGAAUCACCAGGUGGUUUUCCCGCUGUAUCCUUCAGAGAUCAACAGCUGAUAUUGCAGAUUGCUUGAAAGUCUUCAUGACGGGAGCACUCAACAGAUGGUACAAGCACAACCACGGCUUGCCAGCCCGGAUCAUUGUGUACCGGGACGGAGUAGGGGACGGUCAGCUGAAAACACUCAUUGACUAUGAGGUUCCCCAGCUGCUGGCCAGUGUGACAGAUGCCAGUUCAAAUACCAGCCCCAGACUGUCGGUGAUCGUGGUCCGGAGGAGGUGCACGCCGCGGUUCCUGACCGAGAGCGGCCGGACGCUGGAGAACCCGCCCCUUGGCACUGUCGUGGAUCUGGAAGCAACUCGGCCUGAAUGGUAUGACUUUUACCUGAUCAGCCAGGUGGCCCGUCAGGGAACCGUGAAUCCCACCUACUAUAAUGUCAUCUAUGAUGACAAUGGCCUGAAGCCCGACCACAUGCAGAGACUCACCUUCAAACUGUGCCACCUGUACUACAACUGGCCGGGCUUAAUCAGUGUUCCAGCCCCGUGUCAGUAUGCCCGCAAGCUGACCUUUCUGGUGGCACAGAGCAUCCAUAAAGAACCGAGUUUGGAAUUAGCCAAUUCUCUCUUCUACCUGUGAUGACACGAAGCACUGACAUCCUUAGAGGAAGGAUCUGAGGAGCACUUGGUGUGCUUUGUACAAAUCCACCAGGAGCUCGAGGCUGUGACUGGAAGGAGAUUUUUAGUUUUAAAUAACUUCUGGGGGAAAAAAAAAAAAAGCCCCAAAACCUUAAUCUAAAAUGGCUCAAAAGAAAUGUACCAUGUGCUUGGGGGUGAGUUCUCAUUUUGGUAUGUGGAAUUAAAAUGUAGCAUCAUCUGUGAGUAAUACCACAAAGCUGAAUAUGCUCUCAGAAAAUACGUGUUCGUGUGAUGACUUGAUGGUAGGUAAAUUGGGUCUAAUUUCCACCCUCGGUUUUGCAGAAGUUUUCUUAAGUAAUGUUAUAGAGUGUUUUGUGGAGUGGCUUAAAUCAUUGUUAAAAAAUAAAGAAAAUUCAGAGCAUCA